AUGGGGGAUAAUUUAGAUAGGAUGUUCUCUAAGAAGGAACGAUUUUUUAAAGAAAUAAUUGAAACGAACUGCAUAUUUGUGAAAUCGUUAAAUCAUUGGGUUGGUACGAACUAUAUAACAAGAUUAAAAUUAAAAAAGGAGACUUUUAAAAUAACACCGAAAUUGUUAAUAAACAAAACUCGAUCAAAAGCUAGCCGAUGUCGCGUGUGCGGAUUUUCAAUCGAAAAAAACAGCUUAAGAAUAGGGUAUCCAACAAAAGAUCCUAGAGGAAAUUAUGGUUAUAUAAGUUGUUGGGUUCACCUAGAUUGUUGUAAAAAAAUAUUGUAUGCUAUUUUGUAUAUCAAAGAAAAUGAGCUCUAUUUACAAAACUAUUUAAACAGUUCGGAAAAAAACUUUUGUGAAAAUAGUUGUAAUAAUUAUGAACAGUACAUAUAUAAAAAUAUAAAAUGGGAAUUUUUUUUUGGAGGAUUUGAGGAACUGAGUGAUGAAGAAAAGGAAAGGUUAAAAGAAAUUGCAAAACCAUAUGAUGUAAAAAGUGGUAAGGGAAGAAAUAGUUUUGAGGCUUUGAUAAAUGAAGAGAAAGAAAUGUUUAACUCAAAUAAUUAUAUGAAAUUAGAAGGAAAAGUUAUUGAAAAUAAAUUAAAAAUUCCAAAGGAACUUAAAUUUGAAUUACUUGAAUAUCAGAAGGAAGGUGUAUCAUGGAUGAUCAAUCAAGAAUAUUCUAAUAUUAAAGGAGGGAUAUUAGCAGAUGAAAUGGGUAUGGGAAAAACAAUUCAAGCAAUAACACUAAUAUUAUGUCAAAAGAUAAAUUAUUUAAACAAAGGAAUGGAAAAAACAGAGGAUUGUAAUGGAAAAGAAAUAGAUGAUGUAUGGGAACAAAAAUGUCAAAUAAAUAAAAAAGAAAAUAAUGAUAUAAUGAAAAAUAAAUAUAUAACAAAAGAUCUAAUCAAAAUCAAAGAAGAAUCAGACAACAGUGUGAUCAUAUGUGGAAGUGAAGAAGAUACAAAUUGUGGAAUAAAAAGCGAAAUAGAAAUUGUUUCAAAUAGUAUAGGAAAAAAGGAAAUUAAAAAUAAGGCUAAUGAAGUCAAGAGUCAGGUUAAAAUUGAAGCUAUAAAAGAUAGGAGUAGUGACCAGUCUAGUGAUAAAAUAAAAAAUAAAUUACAUGGACAGACGUUAAUAAUAGCACCUAUUGCAGCUGUAAUGCAAUGGAAAUCUGAAAUUGAAAAAUUUGUAGAGGGAAACUUUUUAAAAUUAUACGUAUAUCAUGGUAGUUCGAGAAAAAUAUCGUAUGAAGAAUUGAUAAAAUAUGAUAUUGUUAUUACAUCAUAUGCUAUGGUAGAAGGGAACUUUAGAAAAAUAAUUACUAAAUAUAAAGUCCCCUGUGAAUAUUGCGGUAGAUUAUAUUUACCUAGAACUUUGGUUUUACAUAAGAAGUAUUUUUGUGGACCUAGUGCUGUUAGAACAGAAAAAUUGAAAAAAAGGAAAAAGAAAAACAAAGAUACCGCUCUAGUUGCUAUGAAGAAAUUUGAUGAUACGUUUGUUCCAACACCCAGAAAUACCCUAUUACAAAUUUUAAGUGAAGCUAAAGGUGCCAAUAAAAAUGAUGAAGAACUGAAGCAACCAAACUAUAGAAAAAAAAAAGAAAAGAAUAUGGAAACUAAAGGGAAUAAGCAAAUGGAAGAGAAGAAUGAGAUUAUUGUACUAAGUUCAGGGGAAUCAAAGGAUGACAGCUCGUCAUCGAACAAGUCCUUUUUUUCUCCUUUAUCUAGAAAAACAUCCAGUAGAAUUAUAGAUUUAUGUAAUGUAGGGUUUGAAAAGGAAAUAAUUGAAAGAACUGUAGAUAGUAUAAUACAUAAGAAUGAAGGGGAAAAUGGAGGAAAAAAUAAAACAAAAAGUGGAGUAAAAAAUAAAAGGAAUGUUAAUUGGAAUAUGGUUAUAAAAGACAUAUUAGAGAAUAAUCUGUACAACAUAGAUAUGAAUGAGAAAUGUAAAAAUGUUUUAGCCCAAAUGUAUUUAACAAAUAAGGAAAUAGAAAAUGAUGAACUUAAAAAAUUAAAUAUGGGCGAACUCAAGGUCCUUUUAAUAGCCUUGGGGAAACACGUUUUUGGUACAAAAAUAGAAUUAAUUAAUAGAAUUUUAGUCUCAGCUAAAUACAUAAGACAAGAGUUAGAACAGAUACAAAGCGGAGAGAAUAACGGAGAUAGUAACAAAUGUAACGAGGAAAAUAACGAAGAGAGUAACGACGAAGUGCCAAGGCAUGUGUCUGCUAAAUCGAAAUUAAAUCGUAAGAGUUAUGCAUCCGGUGAAGUUGAUUGUGGAAAUGAUUAUGAAAACUUGGGAAAAAGUAGUCAUAGGAAUGAUAAAGUGAAAACAGAAAAGAGUAAUAAAAAAAAAAUGAUAAAAAAAGGGAAAACCAGUUAUGUUAGGAGAAACACGAUCGAUUCCCAACGCCUAAAAGAAAGUAGUAAAGCAGCAAAAAAAGGAAUAAAAAGAAGAAAUACCUGUAACGUAGGUUUGAAGCAAAACAAGAAGAAGCGAAAAAUGGCAAUGCACAAAGGCAGAAAAGGAAAAGGAAAAAAAAACAGCAGCCACUCUAGUGAGGAUGAAGACAACGAAAGUGAUCGAAGUGACACUGACAGUGAUGAAUCAUUUAGAAUAGAAUAUUUAAAAGGAGAAGAGAGUGAGAAGAAUAUUUUUGGAGAUAACUCCUUCUCUGAGGAAAAUAAAAAGGAAACGAGUGAUUCUUUUGAUUCAUAUGAUUCAAUUAUCGUGAAAAAGAGCAAAACAAAAAGAAAGGGUUUGAAAACGAACGAGUCGCAUAUUUUAAUUGAGAGUGCACUGCAUCAGAUAUAUUGGAAUAGAAUAAUAUUAGACGAAGCUCAUAGAAUAAAAAAUAGAACGACAUCAACAACUCAAUCAAUAUUUAAUUUAAAAUGUUCAGGUUAUAGGUGGUGUUUAACUGGAACACCAUUGCAAAAUAGGAUUGGAGAUUUAUAUAGUUUAAUUCGAUUUUUAGAAUUCUAUCCGUAUGCAUAUUAUUUUUGUUCCAAAAAGGAUUGUAAAUGUUUAUUGCUAAAUUAUGAAAUGAGAGACAACAAAUAUUGUUAUGUUUGUAAUCAUUCUAGAAUAAAUCAUUUUAACUAUUUUAAUAAAAGAAUUUUAAAACCAAUACAAUCUUUUGGGUAUAAUGGAGAAGGCGUUUCAAGUAUGUUUUAUUUAAGAAAUGAUAUUUUGGAUAAAAUAUUACUAAGAAGAACUAAAAGUGAGAGAAAAAAUGAUAUAAAACUAAAGCCAUUAAUUAUUAGUAUACGGAAAGACAAAUUAUCAAACGAAGAAAAGGAUUUUUAUGAAUCUUUAUAUAAACAAACAUCAACACAAUUUGAUACAUAUGUUAAGUCAAACACAGUUCUUCAUAAUUAUGCCCAUAUUUUUGAUUUGUUAAGUAGAUUAAGACAAGCAGCUGAUCAUCCAUAUUUAAUUUUAUUUGGAAAUACUUUUUUAAGUGAUCCAUCAGGAAAAUUUAUAAAAAAAAAUUCUUCAAUUAUUCCAGCUAUUUCUAGUGAUUAUGUAUGUGGUAUAUGUUUAGAAAAUGCACCGAAAAAAAGUAAUAUUACUACAAAGUGUAAUCAUAAUUUUCAUAAAACUUGUUUGAAGCAAUAUAUAGAUAGUUUUGAAAUAGAGAAUAGAUCUAGUAUUAAUCAAAAUGAUAUGGAAGAAACAUCGGAUUUAUUGAAAUCCAAAACGUAUGAUUUUGUAAGCAAUAAUUAUGAAAACACAAUAUGUAGUAAUAAAGAUAUUGUAUUUAAUAAUAACAAUGAUGAGUCGGAUGGAAAAUUAAAUAAGAAAGCAAAAUCUAUUUCAGUAGUUAAGUUUAAAGAUAAGGAAAAAUCUGAAUUCAUUAAUCUAUUAAAUAACGAAGAGAAUAUGAAGGAUUAUCCUUUAGGUUGCCCAGUAUGUUACGUACCAUUGACUGUUGAUUUUCAUCUUUUAAAUGAAGCAGAUGAACAUGAUGAUGAAGAAAUUAUUAUAUGUAAAGAAGAAACAACAUAUAUUAAUAGGAGUUUUAUAAAUAGAAUUAACAUUCAAGAAUUUCAGACAAGUACGAAAAUAGAAGCCAUAUUUGAAGAAGUUCAAAGAGUUAUAAAUACUACUGAUGACAAAUGUUUAAUAUUUUCUCAGUAUUGUUCCAUGCUGGAUUUAAUUGAAUAUCAGUUAAAAAAGAACAACAUUAUAUGUUCCAAAUUAUUAGGUUACAUGUCUAUGGUGUCAAGAAAUAAUAUAUUGUAUAAUUUCAAUCAAGAUAAGCAACUUAGAGUUCUACUUAUCAGUUUGAAAGCAGGUGGAGAAGGUUUAAAUUUGCAAGUAGCAAAUAGAAUUUUUAUUGUUGACCCAUGGUGGAAUCCAGCAGCAGAAUUACAGGCUAUUCAAAGGGCACAUCGUAUUGGUCAAACAAAGACAGUUUAUGCUAUUCGUUUCAUUAUAGAAAAUACAGUGGAAGAAAAAAUUAUCCAAUUACAAGAUAAAAAGCAGUUAGUAUUUGACUGCACAAUUGGGGAUUCGGGGAAUGCUAUGCAGAAGCUAACAAAAGAGGACUUGGCUUUCCUCUUCCAUGCAUAA